AUGGCCUCCAAAAACACCAAAUCUGCGACAAAGAAACCGAACCUUGCAAAUCUCCGAAUAAAACUGCAAGACCAUGUCAGUUUAGAUGACCAUGAAUGGAAGUACCAAGUCAAAAACCUCCCGUCGCCUCAGGUACUCGACCAGAAACGGCUAAUGAAGACCGUCAGCGUCAUUACCACGGGAGGGAGGAACGAGAUAGUCCUUACCUUCGCAACCGCCGAGGACAAUCGGGCCAUCCGCGGCGAUCCUCUAAACAAAUUCCUCGUGGUCUCUAUUGCGGAGCUCCGGGCCCAGCCACGGGGUCAAAAGCCAGAAACGAGCAAGACUACCACCAAUGCCCCAACGGCAACAACGACAACAACGGCCGGAUCAGCCGCUACACAACCUCUGACCAGCAGAGAAUGUGCCGACUACGCCACGCGUCUCCUUAGAACAGGCAUCAUUCUCCAGGGCGUGCAUUACAACUUCUACGGCCACAGCAACAGCCAGCUCAAGUCGCGGACCUCAAUGACAGUUGAUCCGAGUCGUGUGGAGGAUAUCCCGGAUGUGGAGACGGCGGAUUAUAUCUUCACAGAUGGGUGUGGGCUGAUUGCGCCUCGGUUGGCCCAGGAGUUGGCGAGAAGGGUUGGUGUGGUGUUUCGGGAUCGGAGAUACACACCGUCGGUUAUGCAGAUUCGGUAUCGUGGGUAUAAGGGGGUUGUGACGGUCGAUCCGAGGAUGGGGGCGGCGGUAACCGGUGAUAAGAAGGUUUUAUUGAAGAUGAGGAAGUCUAUGAAGAAGUUCGCGGGAGGGGAUGAUUAUUCGUUUUCGGUUGUCGAGUACUCCAAGCCAUAUACGUAUGGGUACCUCAAUGACGAGGUCAUCGUUUUGUUAAGUGCGCUAGGUAUGGAUCGUACGGUGCUCAAGCGCAAGCAAGAAGAACACUUCCAAUAUCUGGCCGAAGCAUCUCAAGACCCCCGCGCCGCUUUCCGAUUUCUCUCGUACCUAAACAUGCCCCAGCUCGCUGAACAGGUCCUCCUAGACUCGCUGGACGCCGUCCGGCCAAGGAUCCAGGCUCUUGUGCGGAACGAGUACACGAAAAUGUUGAACAAGCGGGAAGAACAGCGAUGUCGGAUCCUGCUUCCUAAAUCAAGACUCCUAUUUGGGAUCUGUGACGCCUGGGGCGUUCUGAAGGAAGGUGAAUGCGCUGUCAAGAUCACGCUGGAGGGUGAUGGACAGCCUACUGCGUUGAAAGGGUGCGACGUUCUGGUGACGAGAAACCCCUGCCUCCACCCGGGGGACCUACAAAAGUUCAAAGUUGUAGACAAGCCGGAGUUAAGCCACUUGGUGGACUGCAUCGUCUUUUCUACCCAAGGACGUAGGCCAGCCGCAGACAUGAUGUCGGGAGGUGACCUAGAUGGUGAUACCUUCUUCGUCUGUUGGGAUAACGCCAUUGUCCCGCCCCAUCUUUCUUGGCCUGCACAAUACCCUGGCGUCAAGGAGCGACUCCAAUUCAAGCCCAUCACCGACGACGACCGGCUCGAGUACUUUGCCCGCUACACCAACGCCUCACUCGGCCGUGUCAAGAACCUCUACCUCGACUGGGCGCGGGCACGCGGGCCCAUGGCGGAGCAAUGUCAGGAGCUGAACCGGUUGUUCUCCCAGUGCGUCGACGGGAAUCGCAUCCGGGUACCGCCCAAGCUGGAGCAAGCGCCCGCCCCAGCCGCGGAUGCGCCACCGUUUAUUCUAGAUUAUCUGCAUGACGCAGCGAAAGAGCUAAUCCAGCGGACCCAGGCGCCGUCGUCGAGCCGCGUGACUAGGUUGGAAGGGUACGAUUUUGACGCCAUCGAGCUUCUGUUGAGUCGUGAGGAUGUGGCCAUGUCGGAAUUUGAUCUCCUCCGUCUGACCCUGCGGUGGUGUCGUAAGACCGGCACCAAAUUCGAGGACCUGCUUCAUUUCUUCGAUAUGAACGUCCUUAACAGCGAGGAGAGAGCGUGGGUCCUCGAGCAACUGCCACCCACAUCGCCGCAGCUCCCAGUCCUCCUCCGAAACGCCGUCUACUCCUCAAAUCUCCUCCCCCGAGAAGCGGCUGCUCGCUUCCAACUGGACCAUCCCAAUGUGCAGUGGAAAUGCGUCUUUGACUCGACCACCCAAGACCGUCUCGGCACCUUCCUUGACACGGCGGCCCGCACCAUGGGGAUGCUCCACCGCAAACUGCUCAUCCUGCGCGUGGACGAGCGCCUGACCGUCGCCAUCUACGUGCCGAAGAUCAUCGAGCAAGCCCAGGAUUGCCUCGUCGACGACACGGUCCGACUCUUUGCAUUUCCCCAUUCUCAGGGUACCGAGACGCAGAGCCGGACGUCGCUGCCGACCAAAAAGACAUACCAGCUGUUCUGCGACGACGGAAUCUUUCAGCUCUUUGAAGGCCAGCGGGCCAAUACGUGGGUGUAUAUCGCCCGAGGCCGGUCAGACGAUAGCACGUAUCGGAGUACUGAGAAUGUAGGCGACCGCCGGAGGCAGAGGCAGGAAACGGUGGACGCGGGGAAGAAUUUCGACUAUCGCGUCAGUAUUGCGCUGAAUAAGUUUAGCAGCGGGCUUCAGAAACAUGUGGGGAGGGUUAACCGGAAUGGACUUUCUGCUGCGGAAAUAUAUGUAAUCAGUAACCGAGAUGUCAAGUCCAUGAGGACGUUAGACCUUUGGAUUGAACACAUCGACACCGAGAAGAGGCUGCCGCUCUUUGACAAUGAGGUGGAGGACUACACGAUCGCCAACUUGAAGGGGGUCGACUGGGACUCAGAGCCGGUAUUCAUCGUCAACAUCGCGCGGCGCCAAAAUUUUGCCGCGUACAAACGACUCGAGAGGGCCGAGCUAUUCAACCAAGCAUUUACGUGGUUGCUACGCCGAAACCAGCAGCACUUGCUGUUGAAGAGCUUCGACUACCUCCUGGCCAACAUCAGGGACAGAAGUGCAAUGGACCUGCCAGCGGGAACUCUCCUGCCGGUAAUGAUCAGCUUCCUCCGCCCAGCCCCUUUCCUUGCCCUUGCUUUCGGUCGCAUGGAACCCCUCGGCUCUAGCGAGGAUGACGAGUAUCUCGCCCACCUACACACCCUCCUCGACACCUACUCCCUCGACAUCCUCCGCGCCUACAUCAUGUGUGCCCACGAAGCCCAGGACCUCGUCAUCCGGCCGCUGCAGAACUUCUUGUCGCGAGUGGCCGGCCUGAGCUUUGCCGCUUUCGCCAGCUUGGUCGAGCUUACGGCUCUCACGGUGCGCCAGCCCACUCUAGCAACCGAUAUCCUGCUGGAAUGUUUCGAGCGCGAGAGCCCGCGGCUGUUGACAGGACGCCCGGCGGUCGUCCGCCACUUUGUGAGAAACACGAUCGCGAUUGCGCUGGAUCAUGUUGGCGAGUGUCCAGAACCACUGGAGGACCGGACCAAGACGAGAAAAGACCUAUUGAAGCUAAAGCUUCUACCAGAGGAGUCGGAGGGGUUUCAGGUCGUGGAGAUUACAUUUCGCAUCGACUCGACCGGGGGUACGCCAGAGAGAGCAGCACACGUACGUCUGACGGCGGCGAUGGCGCCGUCAAAUGCGCCCCUAGCUACGCCGUACUCAAUCGAUGCGCUGGUGACACACUCGGAGCAAGGUCUGGCACGGUUUCAAUGUCUUCACCCGCUGCCGCCGUUUUAUGAGGCGUGUCCGUGGAAGUUGACGUAUUGCGGGCCGUUUACUACCGCCAAGACAAUGUUUGAUGCGGUACGAAACUUCGCCAUCGACUUUGAGGAUUGCUGCGGGGUAGCAAAUCAGCUUCUGUUAGGUGAUGUGCCGGGAUCGUCCAGCCCGGGGGUCCUGGAAGGCGGACUCGAACGGGUGCUGGAUGAUUACCCUGAGAAGGGAAACCUCAACACCAGCCAAAACAAAGCAGUCCAGGCAACACUGAACUCGCCCCUGACCUGUCUCUGGGGCCCACCGGGGACGGGGAAGACGGAGACCAUUGUUGAGAUCAUCCAGGCGCUCCAGAUAUGCUUCGACAAGCCACGGCUCCUCGUCACGGCCCCAACACACAACGCCGUCGACAAUGUCAUGCGCCGGUACCUCAGUCGGGUCAGCGCGACAGUGCAGAAGGCAAACCCGCAUCUCGCCCCACUACGCGUCUCGACGGAGAUCCGGAAGGUGGCUGAGGACUUGAGGAGGUACACGUGCGAUGCCAUGGUAGGGAAAGAGAUCUAUGCCGACCGCCGCGCAAUGGACCAAGCCAAGAAGCAGGUCCAGGCCUGUGGUAUCAUCUUCACCACCUGUAUUGGCGCGGGGCUAGGCUUGCUCCGGGACCAGGUUUUUGACAUCGUCAUCGUGGACGAGGCAUCACAGCAGACGGAGCCAGCGUCGCUGGUGCCGUUAGUGAAGGGGUGCGAGAAAGCUGUGCUGGUGGGUGACCACGUCCAACUACGCCCAACGGUGACACAGCCGGCCCUCGGGAUGGAAUUCGAUAAAUCCCUCUUUGAGCGGCUGUUCAACCAACCCUCCCCUGGAGACGGUAAAACCCAAGAAGACGAAGAGGAAGACACCUCCCUCUUUGCUUCGCCGCCAUUCCUCGCCCGUUUGAUGCUCGACACGCAGUACCGCAUGCACCCGUCCAUCAGCGCGUUUCCCUCAGCCGAGUUCUACGAUGGCGCUCUCCUCACGGGUGUAGCGCCCACCGCCCGCCCGUUGUUCCAUUCGGCGUUUCCCUGGCCGAAGGAUCCUAAUGGGGCGGGGGACCACGCGAGGACGGUGUUUGUAGACUGCGUCGAGAGGGAAGCGCUGGGCGGGAAGUCCAAGACGAACCAAGGCCAGGCCGAGCUGUGCGUGAGAGUCUGCCGACUGUUAUGCACCCCGUCCUCGGAAACAUCGCCAAAGUCCCCCACGCCACCAAAACCCCAAACCAUCGCCGUCCUCACGCCCUACGCCAAACAAGCCGAACUCCUCAAGCGCCUCCUCUCAGACCUCCAAACCGCCAGCAUGAGCGAUACUACCGUCGAAGUCUCCAGCAUCGACGGGUUUCAGGGUCGCGAGGCCGACAUUGUGGUGCUGGUUACGGUGCGGUGUAACGAGAAAGGAAACAUUGGGUUUCUGGGCGACCGGCGGAGGAUGAAUGUGGCGCUGACGAGGGCCAAGGCUGGGUUGGUGGUGGUGGGCAAUCGGAUGACGCUGACAAAGAGUACUGGGACUAAGGCCGGUGAAGGUACUGAGGGUGGUGAGAGCAAAAGUGACGUUGAAGAGGGUGGCGAUAAGGAAGGGAAAGAGUUAUGGAGGCGGUUGAUCGCGGGGUUCGUGGGAGUCGAGAUGGAGGAACCGGAGGGUGGUGAGAGUGAGAAGUGA